GAGGUUAGGUUUUAUGUUAUGAAUAACCUCAAAACAGUAUCUUUUAAUAUUAUCAAACCUAUUAAAUUUUACAUUUAAUAUAAAUAUAUUAUUAUUUCCUCCAAUAACCAGCGUUCUUGACAAAUGUGUUGUCAAUUUCCAUCACAAGAAACAAUAGUUAUUCACAAGUAUUAUCCAGACAGAAAAUAAAGCUACUUGUAAUGGCUAAAAGUCGAUCCACAUUGGUUAAAAGGACUCGGCAAGAGGAAGUUGAACACCCGCCCACAUAUUUGUCAAACUAUGUGCAUAACAUACUUGUUGAUUUGCCCAAAAACGUUUCAACGUGUGGUUAUGAAAACACGUUGACUGAUGAAGCACUCUUCAACUGGACUGAGAUCAAAAAUAUUCUGCGCUUACCUGAUGACUUGGUCAUUUUCGACCAACCUCUAGAAUGGUUCAAGGACAAACUCGUUUUAAUUUGGGGAAUAAUCCAUGCAGCUGGUAAAACAUUUAUGAAAAUUACUCCAGAAAAAAGGGCUAAACUUCUCAGUUGUCUUCCAAAAAUUUCUGAUCCCUCAGUUGAUAGGAGCCCUGCCGCUCGGCUUGAAACAACAUUAAUAGUAACAGCAGCGUUUGAGAGAUUUCUUGGGAAUGUCUAUCAAUCAUAUUGCUCUCGGCCAGUACCCUUCCUUUUGAGAGAUCUCCUAGCAACUGAUGAAAUUUCUGAAGUUUUCGGCAGUAUUCCUGUUACUUUCUCCCAGUUUCUUGCAGGCUGUGUGUCAGGAUUAAAUGUCCGCAAUAUAUCCUGGCAUGGAUUUUUCUCUGAAAAUGAGCUACAUAUCAACCUUGUGUCUUGUUUGAUAAUCCUUUUUGCAUCUAUGGCUGAUAUUACGAAUUCCAAACAACUCAACAAUCACCAAAGACCACCUGUUAAUCUGAUUGCUAGAAGUGGAAUUCUCCUCAAUUUCUUCCCCGAUCUCAGAGAGAAAGAAAAUGAAACUAUUGAAUAUCUUGAUAGAUCGAAACUUGUGAAUCCAGUUCAAAGGAUUUACUGGGAGAGAAUCCUACAAAGCUUCAAAAGCGAGAGAUAUGGCGAGUGUCUAGUUAUGAUGUUGCCUCAAUUGGAGCAGUCUUUACGCACAUACUUCUGUCCCUCGAAUUUACUGUGUGCUCAGCCAUCUGAAUUCUAUGUGACACUGGACCAAAUCAUAUCCGUGGUACCUUCAGCUAUUGAUGAUGAAUCCUGCACUGUGUCUGAUGUUCUUGGUGAAAACCUACUGGAGAUGCUGCGGGAUGCAUUUGUUUACAUGGAUGGCCCUAGAAUUAGGGAUAAAAUCAGUCAUGGAGAAGUAGAUUUACAAGAUAUUAACCAUGCCCUUUGCAACCAUGUUUUGUCCAUGGCCCUUGGUGUUAUGAUGGUUCUGUCUCAGGAGGAAGGUGUCAUUGAACAAUGCCUAUUAGAAACGUAUCUAUCCCGAGCUCAUCCUUCAUCCUGCCUUCGACGAGUGAUGGAUACAGGUUUAGUAUGUCUCCUGAAUUGGCCAGAUCUGGAAUCGACUGGAAUUAUUGAAAGCAGUGAUGUAUUAUCACUCAGAUAUACAGUUUACGAUUUGUUCGACAUCCAGCAUUGUUCAAGUUUGCGAGACGUAUUGAAACAAAUGCAAGAUUUCGUCAACAAAGACUAUUUUCUUAGAUUGCAUAGACUAAACCUGGAUACAAGCGCCGUGUCACAGGCAAGGAAGUUAGUAAGCUAUUUUCAGGCAAUAAGUGAGAGAAUUACGGAGGCUUAUCACUUUGGAAAAGAUCGCUGUGAUACGCGACCAAGGCACCGUAAAACUUAUGAAAGAAUGAUUGCAAUUCUACCUCAACUUCGAACAACUCUUUUCGCUAUUUUGGCAACGCUGGUAUUUGUUCUAACACAACCUGCUGUUUUUUCAUCCGAUCACCAUAAAAGGCUAUUAAAAUCUGGAAUAAAGUUCGUUGAGAAUGUGUUGUCUCUUUGCCACAAAGAGAAAAAUCGUUGGCUUGAAAUCGAACAACUGACCAACAACAUAUCAAGCCAGUAUUCUUAUUACAUCAACAAAAAUAUUGAAUUGGUCAAAAAAUUAUAGAAUGCCUGCAACAGUAUAG